UUGUUUUUGAAGCUGCGGGUGCUUAUGUGUCUCGCGAGAGUUGGCGAGAGUGCUAGAUUCUGGAAGCUCAUGCUCGCGCUAUGGAGAACGCAGCACAACUGAAAGAUCAAGGCAACAAGGCACUGAGCGCAGGAGACGUGGAGGAGGCCGUCAGGUGCUACACAGAGGCCCUGACCCUUGACCCUUCCAAUCACGUGCUCUUCAGCAACCGCUCUGCCGCCUAUGCCAAGAAGGGCGACUACGACAGUGCCCUGAGAGACGCCUGCCAGACCGUAAAGAUCAAGCCGGACUGGGGCAAGGGUUACUCAAGAAAAGCAGCUGCUUUGGAGUUCCUCGGGCGACUGGAGGAUGCCAAAGCGACCUAUCAGGAGGGGUUACGCCGAGAGCCGACCAAUCAGCAGCUCAAGGAGGGGCUUCAGAACAUUGAAGCGCGGUUAGCAGAGAGAAAGAUGAUGAACCCGUUCUCCGUUCCCAACCUGUUUGAGAAGCUGGAGGGCGACCCUCGAACCCGAGCGCUGCUGUCUGACCCCAGCUACAGGGAGCUUCUGGAGCAGCUCCGGAUCAAGCCCUCGGAGCUCGGCGCGAGGCUGCAGGACCCGCGUGUCAUGACCACUCUCUCAGUGCUGCUGGGGCUGGAUCUAGCUGGCAUGGAUGAAGAGGAUGAAGUGACUCCGCCCCCUCCGCCCAAACCCAGAGAGACGGCUCCACCCCCUCCACCGAAAGAGGAGGAGCUGCCUGAGAACAAGAGAAUGGCCUUGAGGGAGAAGGAGCUGGGAAACGCCGCAUAUAAGAAGAAAGACUUCGCUGCUGCACUGAAGCACUAUGAAGAAGCUCUAAAGCAGGAUCCCACCAACAUGACCUAUCUGUCAAACCAAGCAGCUGUGCAUUUUGAAGAGGGCGAGUUUGAGAAGUGCAGAGAGCUGUGUGAGAAGGCCAUCGAGCUGGGCCGAGAGAACCGCGAAGACUACAGACAGAUCGCCAAGGCUUACGCCAGGAUCGGGAACUCCUACUUCAAGCAGGAGAAGCACAAAGAGGCGGUCCAGUUUUUUAAUAAGAGCCUGACCGAGCAUCGCACACCUGAAGUGCUCAAGAAGUGCCAGCAGGCGGAGAAGUUUUUAAAGGAACAGGAGAAGCAGGCCUACAUCAAUCCAGAUUUGGCACUGGAAGAGAAGAACCAAGGCAACGACGCCUUCCAGAAGGGGGACUAUCCUCUGGCCAUGAAGCAUUACUCGGAGGCCAUCAAGAGAAACCCUUAUGAUGCCAAGCUCUUCAGCAACAGAGCUGCCUGCUACACCAAGCUGCUGGAGUUCCAGCUGGCCCUCAAGGACUGUGAGGAGUGCAUCAAGCUGGACCCGAGCUUCAUUAAGGGUUACACGCGCAAGGGAGCGGCUCUCGAGGCUAUGAAGGACUUCUCUAAAGCGAUGGAUGUGUACCAGAGAGCUCUCGAGCUGGACUCCAACUCCAAGGAGGCCAGCGAGGGCCUGCAGCGCUGCGUGGUGAGCCAGGCCAUGCGUAACGACAGUCCCGAGGACGUGAAGCGGAGGGCCAUGUCUGACCCGGAGGUGCAGCAGAUCAUGAGCGACCCUGCCAUGCGCUUGAUCCUAGAGCAGAUGCAGAAAGACCCGCAGGCCCUCAGCGAUCAUCUAAAGAACCCCGUCAUCGCUCAGAAAAUUCAGAAACUGAUAGAUGUGGGGCUAAUAGCGAUCCGGUGAUCAAAGAAAGAGCAGAAAAACCAGGACAUUAUUCAUCUGCAGAAGAGCGGCGGCUUUCCAAACCAAUCAUUCUCAACCUGACCCCUCUCCGCUCGACCCAAUAGAGAGUGUGUGUGUGUGUGUUUUAAGCCUUAAUUAGAUUAAUGUGGCUCAAUCAGUCUUUCCUCAGCAUUCACUAGUGUCAGUCAUCAUGGCUUUCAGACGGUUUAUUCUUCAUGAAAGGAAAAGUUUGAGAGCAUCUAGCCUUCGAUACAUUACUGUGUUAACAGAGUGGGUUUGAGCCUUCAUAUCAAAAACACUAUUAUGUUUAUGGUUUGUAUUUAUUAGAUUUUUUCUACAUCUCAGUAUUCGGCAGAUUAAAUGCAGAUGUUCUGGUUUUGAGGAGAGGGCAGGGAAGCAUUGUGACAUUAAUUCUCUCAUAGGCCUGUAGAAACCUGUCUGUCACUGAAUGUGAAUGCAUGGCUGUUAUUGGACUCUGUAAUGCUCUUCUGUUGAGGGCUCGUUCACGCUAAACUGCCUCCCACCUGUUUGCCAUCGAUUAACUGACUGUGAUUUCAGCUUCACCGUAUUGUAAAGCAGCAUCAGUUUAAUAAAGUUCUGGAUCCAUGAA